AUGAGGAACAAACCACAGACGCCAUGGGCAGUGGAGGUUAUCCAGGCCACAAAAGUAGCACCCACAAUCUGGCCAUUGGUAUUUGCCGCCGUGGUAGGCAGCAUGCUCAAAGCCAAGGCCCAUGAGAAGGUUCAGCAUGGUACCGCCAUAGGCGUGCUUGAGCAACUACUCGGCAGCCAGACGGUGUUUGGCGCCUUGAAAUCUGCUUUUAUAUUGCGCAUAUUUGGCCUUUCAACAUUCUUUCACUUUCUUCUGUGGAGCCUCAAUCCGGUUGGGGGCCAAGCUGUUCUUCGUGCUAUCACUUUGGAACCAACCUUCGCCGAGGAGAAUGUGGACAUCAAUUAUAUGGUAUCCGACCCUCGAGUGACUCCGUGGUACGAGGCAUUUCAGGGUGCAUCGUCAUACACCAUGUAUCGUCCACUGGUUUCGACAUUAUUCGGAGCAGCGUUGUUCUCGCCCGAUGCAGCCUUGCAGUACUCCAAUGGCACGAGUUCCGGCUCUAAUUUUGCCAGCAUUGUCGCCCAGCUUGGAGGCAUUGAUUCAGCGAUUACAGGGUCACCUUUAAUCCAGCCGACCCACAAAGAUGGGUUGAAGUGCUUACGGAUGAAAUUCCCCCCCCAUGAGUCCGUCAUCGGAGUUCCCCUUCGGCAGCUGCCUUCUGGGGUAGCGGGAAAUCCGAGCUUCACGCUAGAAACCAACUACUAUGUGCUACAUUGCUCGGAUUGGAUUGUCCUCUCCGGAGCCAACGAAACGGCUUGGUUCCAGCAGUUUGGGCCCACGUUUCAGUUUUACAAUGCACCCGAAAGUCCGUUCUCCAUGAUAUCUACGGGGUUCUUUCUCGCCACUCCAGAGAUGGGCUCAGAUCGGUCACAGAUAUUUCACGAUAACAAUACCACUUCGUCCGCAGGUGCCAGGCAAAUCCUUUUUGGAUCUCGGGGUUAUGAUUCAACACCGGAACAAGAUAUAGCUGAUUCCUUGACGAUUUGCAAUCUCACGAUGCAAUAUGUCGAAGUUGAAGUGAGCUGCUCUCGGCACGCCGACAAUGGCCAACUGGCAUGUGUGGCAACAGCGGUUCGGCCGUCGCAGUUGCCGCACAUAUCCUCCAAUUUGACCGAGUUUGGCUUCGUUCCCUCCGAAAUGUAUCUCAAACUAGACGCCAUUUCGCUCAUCUUCGGAAGUCAACAUGUCACAACAUCCACCCCUCAAGAAGUCUUCAUGUAUGAUCCAACCAAGGCUUUCACCAGUGAAGCACUCCUUGAAUAUGCUGUUAUGAUGCACGAAAUCCCUACUGGGGUCUUCGAAAAGAGACUGGCCUUGGUUUUCAACACCUUCUUGCGAGCGACAAUAGCUCCUCCAAUCAUCACUGGCGGAAGCAUCAACAGUACAUACUAG